AUGGAUUCGUUCCAAUUUCAUGACCUCGACCCAGAACGCUGCUACGCGAUGACUCAAGAGUCUCAGUUCGACACAAAAUGCACGAACUACCACCGCCAUGAUAACCCGCUUUUGUGUCAGGUUCAUGUCAGAUAUCGGGUCAAUCACCCGGAUGAGUUUACUCUCCACCCCGCCGUGCGCCGUCAUCGUGUCCUGAUCUUGGAUAACCCCGAUCCUGAGGCCCGUGUCGAAGCUACCGAGGAUCCUGUCCCGGCUCCCAUCCAGGUCCUGCUCACCCCCCCAGCCACUCCGCGCCGCCAAGCUGAGGACCAGGCUGUCGCCAGAGCCCCCGAACAUCCAGACACCCCUUCCAACGCCCCGGUUCCCCAGGCUCCCACCCAGGCCCCGCCUACACCCCCGGCCACUCCGCGCCGCCAAGCUGAGGACCAGGAGGUCGGAACCAGGGUCCACGAGCCCGCCAAUCCCGAACCCGACCAAGACGAUGGACUCUUGACACUUCCUCCAUCGGACGCCCCAGAGUCCGAGCCAGCGGACAUCAACAUCGAGCCUGAUGUGACCGCGCCCGAGUCCGAGCGUGAAAUCCCCGAGCCCCCUGUCAUGAAUCACGCCGCUCCACACUCGCCAUAUACUCCUGCUCCUCAGUCCAUGACCUUUGUAGUCGAGGCACCCGAUACCUUCCCUCCCCCUGAUGAUCCUUUCUCCGUUGUCAAGUUGCUAAGGGUAUUCGGGGAAUGCUUUUCCCCUUAUUCCGAUGACAGAGAUUAUUAG